AUGCAACCGCAUCACAUGCAUCAGAUCACGCCGAAGUCACAUGUUGAAAUCAAGGUUGAAACCUUGGCGUCCCAAAUCCAUCUCCCAACAGAACCCGAGACCAAAAGGCCUCGGAACUACCUUGCCCCGGCCAUGCCCGUUCCCCCUCUCAACGAGGAGGAAUCUCUCUUCAUGGUCACCAAUGCCCAGUAUGCCGUCCGACUCGAGAAUAGACUUCUCGAAACCCCUGGUGCUGAGCCCGUCGCUCGCAUCGUCUCCAUCGGACAUAUGAUUGCCCUCAUCAUAGCCCAACUCAUGGGCAUAGUCAACACUCUCCAUCAGUUCGUCUUUGGGAUUCACGAACAUCUCGUACACCGCCCCGAGAUCACUGACCUCGUGCUGGAGCUCCGAAAUCGAAGGUGGGACAUGUUUCCCCAUCUAGAAACGGACGGUCACUCGUGGGGGACACAGGGACGGGCACACCAUUACCUCGGAGAGACCACAAAAGAGUGA